ACCAUGUUAUCCCUCGUUCUCAUUUGCGCCCUUGUGGGGUCCAUAUCAGCGGUUCCACCUUAUGCUGACGGAGAAUUAAGAGCCAGCUUAGAGGACCUUGGUACUAACCUAGAUGAUCCACGGUAUCGGUUAAAGGAUUCCGUUUAUCCUAAUGAAGUGUUUCUGGAUCUUGAUGUCUAUUUGGAUACAGCAAACUUUACUGGAGUUGUCCGUACUAUAGUUGAGGUACGUGAAGAGAAUUUAACACAAAUUGUGUUGCAUCAAAAGGUAGUCAGCAUUAACUCCGUGAGCGUGUUGAACUCUGCAAAUCAGCCGGUAGCUUUAAAGUUCCCUGAUUCAUUCACAACUGAUGAUUACUUUGAAUUACUUCUCAUCAAUUUCGAAAAUCCGCUGCGUACUGGACAAUAUACUAUCAUCAUCAACUAUAACGGUCAGAUUAACACUAACCCCUUAGACAGAGGUUUCUAUAGAGGAUAUUAUCACUACAAUAACGGUGUUCGACUAUACGCCACUACGCAGUUCCAGCCCUACCACGCGAGGAAAGCUUUCCCCUGCUUCGAUGAGCCACAGUUUAAAUCACGUUACGUGAUCUCUAUUACACGUGAUGCUAGUCUUAGUCAAUCAUAUUCUAAUAUGGAUAUUAACUAUACUACGACAGCUGGUCCUGGACGUAUAACUGAGACUUUCCUACCCACUCCUAUCGUCUCUUCCUACUUGGUCGCUUUUCAUGUUAGUGAUUUCGUAGCAACAAAUUCCUCUAGCACACCCACGAAACCCUUCCAAAUUAUAUCCCGUCAAGGAGCUACAGAACAACACGGUUAUGCUGCCGAUAUAGGUCGUAGGAUCACAGAUGAACUGGACGAUUACUUAGGCAUUGAAUACUAUGAUAUGGGACAAGGACAGCUCAUGAAAAAUGAUCACAUCGCUUUGCCAGAUUUCCCAUCUGGUGCCAUGGAAAAUUGGGGAAUGGUUAACUACAGGGAAGCUUAUCUUUUGUAUGACAGAAACAAUACGAAUCUCAGCAAUAAGAUUUUUAUAGCGACUAUUAUUGCUCACGAGUUAGCUCAUAAAUGGUUCGGAAAUCUGGUGACUUGUUUCUGGUGGGGUAAUUUAUGGCUUAAUGAGUCUUUCGCAAGUUUCUUCGAAUACUUCUCAGCACAUGCCGCUGACCCAAAUUUAGAAUUGGAUGACCAGUUUGUUGUGGAUUACGUGCAAAGUGCUCUAUCAGCUGACGCGGGAUCAAGCGUGAGCGCCAUGAACAACAGUAAUGUUGCCAGUAACCCAUCAAUUUCGGGUCAUUUCAGCACCACCAGCUAUGCUAAAGGAGCUUCUGUUCUUAGAACCUUGGAGCACUUUGUUGGUCCUCGUACUUUUAGGACUGCACUAAGAUACUAUUUGAGAAGCAGGGCCUACGAAAUUGGUACUCCGGAAGAUAUGUAUGAUGCUUUCCGAAGAGCGACAUCAGAAGACUUUGAAUUCUCUACUGCCUACCCUGGUGUUGAUAUUGGAGUGGUGUUCGACAGUUGGGUCCAAAACCCUGGUUCACCAGUUUUGAACGUUUCCGUCAAUACACAGACAGGCGUCAUUACUGUUACUCAGGAACGUUUCUUAUUAACCGGUACUCCAGAACAGCAAUUGUGGCAUAUUCCCCUGACAUGGACGCAUGGCAAUAACCCUGAUUUCACCAGCACUAAACCUAUCCGAGUUCUUUCUAAUCAGACGGCUACAAUCCAAGGCCUCUCUGGACACCAUUGGGUUAUAUUUAACAUUGCCCAAUCAGGUCUUUACCGUGUCAAUUACGAUAAUCACACCUGGGAAAUGCUUGCCUCCUAUCUGCGUAGCAGCAAUAACAACAGACUCACGAUCCAUAAGCUCAACAGGGCGCAGAUCGUCAAUGACGUAUUAUUCUUCAUACGUGCUGGCAAAAUCGAUAUCGACCGUGCGUUUGAUGUUCUUGAAUUUCUAAGACUCGAAACCGACUACUACGUUUGGGCAGCCGCUAUUGGACAACUUGACUGGAUUAGGAGAAGACUGGAACACAUGCCUGUAGCGCAUGCAGAGUUUGAUAAAUUCCUGUUAGAAUCCUUGAAUACUGUUAUUAAUAAUCUUGGCUACGACGAGCUUGAAACAGACUCAACAUCUACGAUAUUGAACCGCAUGCAAAUCUUGAACCUCGCCUGUAAUCUUGGCCACGCAGGCUGCAUUAGCAACAGUUUGCAAAAAUGGAAUAGUUUCCGAAACAAUAAUGUUGCGGUUCCAGUGAAUCUGCGACGUUAUGUAUACUGCGUUGGACUCCGCCAAGGGAACGCGUCUGAUUACAACUUCCUGUUAGAGAAAUACAACACGGCUGUGAACACCGCUGACAUGGUUGUUAUACUUCGUGCCCUCGCCUGUACCAAGGUUGAAGCGUCACUUCAGAAUUACCUGCUACAAAGUACGAAUAAUGAUAAAAUCCGCAUACACGACCGUACGAAUGCUUUCUCCUACGCUCUCCAAGGAAACCCUGAGAAUCUAAAAAUUGUUCUCGAGUUCUUGUUUGGCAACUUCACCCUGAUUAGAGAUACUUACGGCGGACCAGAUCGACUCAGCGUCGCCAUCAAUGCAUGUGCAGCACAUUUGACUAAUAUUACUGAUAUUAGAAAUUUCCAAUCGUGGGCCUACACCAACCAAUUAGCGCUUGGGACUUCAUUCCAGAAUGGAGUAAACGUUGUUAAUACUGCUAUGAACAAUUUACAGUGGGGUACCGAUAAUGUUGUUGGUAUAUACUCCUCGCUUCUGCAGAGAGGAGCUGCUACAUCAAUCACAGUUUCAAUUACUCUACUAUUCGUUGCCCUUGCUGCACAUAUUCUUCAUUAAACUGUGUCAUGUUUAUAUUAAUUUAAUACUGUUCUAGUAG